AACGACACCUCGCCGGAAGUGACGCUACCGCCAUCGCCCGCUCUCUGUCGUUAGCGGCCGGCUUGCGCCUUCUCCUGGGUGGCGCCAUGCGGGCCUGGCGCGGCCUGCGGCGCAGUCCCGCGGCGUCCUCUGGGCGGGCUGCCGCCUCCUCCUACUGCCGCGGCGGUGGGGAGCAGCGGCGGCGCCGGGCCUGGGAGACGUCGCUGUCGCCGCUGGAGCGGGUGAGGCGUCUGCUGGCGCCGGAGGAGGAGGCGGCGGCGGCGGCGGCGGCGGCGGCGGCGGCGGCCGGCGCGGGCCGCGGCCCCCUGCGCGUCGGGGAGCUGGUGCUGGCGGAGCUGGGCCGGCGGCAGCGCAGCGCCCUGAAGCUGCUGUGCCGGCUGACAGCGGGCGCGGUGCUGGCCACCCCCGGCGGGCGCUUGCCGCACGGCGACAUUGUGGGGCGGCUGCCCGGGCAGGUGGUGCGGACGGCCGGUGGCGGGCGCCUGCUGGUGCGGCGGCCCUCGCUGGAGGAGUACGUGCUGCUCAUGGCGCGGGGCGCCGCCAUCGCCUACCCCAAGGAUGUGAGCGCCAUGCUGAUGAUGAUGGACCUGCACCCGGGAGACACCGUUUUGGAAAGCGGCAGCGGAUCUGGCGCUAUGAGCUUGUUUCUGUCAAGAGCAGUUGGGUCCAAAGGACGUGUUGUAAGUUACGACAUCAGAGAAGAUCAUCACAAUUUAGCUAAGAAGAAUUACAGGCAGUGGCGUGCUUCAUGGGAAAUAGGACAUAUGGAAGAGUGGCCAGAUAAUGUGGAUUUCAUCCUUAAAGACAUUACAACAGCUGCUGAGGAUAUGAAAUCUGUAACAUUUGAUGCAAUAGUUCUGGAUAUGCUUAAACCUCAGGCUGCUUUGCCUGUUAUAUACCCAAGUCUUAAACACGGUGGUGUGUGUGCUGUGUAUUUAGCAAACAUCACACAGGUUAUUGCCCUUUUAGACAGAAUACGGACCUGCAAGCUCCCUUUUUUGUGUGAAAGGAUCAUUGACGUAACACACAGAAAUUGGUUAGUACUCCCUGCUACAAUCAAGAAUUACAAGUCAGUCCAAAUAGUGGAAACUCAAGAGAAUACUGAGGAAGAAGCUCAACAAAAAGAACAUGAAGAAAUCCAUUUUCAGGAUCAAACAGUUCUUAAAGGAAGUGAAUAUGAUGAAUCACUUUCUGACAAUGUUGAAACAUACUCCUCAGUGCCUUACGUUGCUAGACCAUCUUAUUGGCAGGAUGCUCAUUCAGCGUUCCUCACCAAGCUGAGAAAGUUUCAACCACUGCUUUCUUGAUGUUGCUGAGAUGUCAGCUGCUAAUUUGAGUAUUGUAUCAGAAUAAAAUAAAAUGUUACAAAAUGCCA